AUGGGCGCGUCAGCCGCGGCGCGGCCCGCACCAGAUGGGACGGAUAAGACGGCCGCAGGGCGGCGGAGGUAUGGAGUGACGAAAAAACGCGCGUCCGCCUCGGCAUCGCAGCAUGUGCGUCUUUGUGCCUUUUGUCUCGGCACGGAAGCGCACAAUCGGCACACGAAUGUUCCCGAGCCUCUAGUCGAAUGCAGUGACUGUGGCAGUUGCGGUAGGUAUCUAUGUCUCACAGCAGGACAUGCAUCUUGUAUGCACUGGGAUCAGGCCGGCAAGAAAUUUGCCGUCGUGCGGACGUACGACUGGCGCUGCAUGGAGUGCAAGAUGUGUGAGGUCUGUCUGGACAAGGGCGACGAUGAGCAAAUUAUGUUUUGCGAUCGAUGUGAUCGCGGGUGGCACCUCUACUGCCUGCGCCCUGCGCUCGACAAGCCACCGCGGGGGCUCUGGUACUGCCCCAUGUGUAGGCCGCCCAAGCCGGCCGUGCCCAAGCGCAGCGAGUCUCCUCAUAAAGAGGCGCCACCCAAGAAGAUCGUGCGUCUGCGCGUCGCGCGCAAAGAGGAUACAACGGCGACACAAGCGCCUGGGAGCGCCGAGCCUGUUGAUGUGGACGACGCGCCAUUCAGUGGGCUCCUGGAGGGCGAAGACGCAGACACGCAGGCGCAGCUGCCUACGCAGGAAGAUCAAGAACGAUUCCACUGCAGCAUGCGUGCCGCCGAGCAGCUGCUUGGCGGCGCUGUGAACGUGCCGGCCAGGAGCCGCUCCGCUACGCCCGUGCUGCCCUCUAUUGGGAGCACGCACGCCACCGCGGCCGCGAGUGGGUACGCGAUGCCAAUUUCGAUGAUUCGCUUUGGUGCGUACGACAUCGACACUUGGUUCCAGGCGCCAUUCCCGGAAGAGUAUACGCGCGUGCCGGACGGCCGGUUGUGGGUGUGUGAGUUCUGCCUCAAGUAUAUGAAGAGCCGGUUCAUGGCCAUGCGGCACCGGAUGAAAUGCAUGAUGCACCAUCCCCCCGGGCAAGAAAUUUACCGGGCUUGUGGCAUUUCCGUCUUUGAAGUGGACGGCAGCAAGAACAAGAUCUACUGCCAAAACUUGUGCCUCUUGGCCAAGCUCUUUCUGGACCAUAAGACGCUCUACUAUGACGUGGAGCCGUUCCUGUUUUAUGUGUUUGUCGAGAGCGAUGAGCAUGGCUCACACUUUGUUGGCUAUUACAGCAAGGAAAAGCGCUCGCCGAUGGACUACAACGUCAGCUGCAUUAUGACGCUGCCCAUCCACCAGCGCCGCGGAUGGGGCUACUUCCUCAUUGAAAUGAGCUACCUGCUUUCGCGGAAAGAGCACCGACUGGGCUCGCCAGAGAAGCCGCUCUCUGAUCUGGGCUUUCUGACCUACCGCAGCUACUGGAGACUGGCCGUCAUGCGCGUGCUCAGUGCGGAGCCGCAGUGCUCGCUGGAAGACAUCACGGCACGCACUGGCAUGAAAAUGGACGAUGUACUGUAUACCCUGCAAGACAACCACAUGCUUCAUGUGUUCUACAAUGGCACGUCCGAAGGACGCCUUCCGCCCGAGUACUUUGCCACGGACAAGGCGGGCUCGCCUGCGCCGGAGGCCAAGCCCGCACCUAAUGACUAUACGAUCCGUGUCGAUCCAGAGGCAGUGCGCGCCUUCCUCGCUCAGCAUGAUGCCAAGCAAUAUGUGCGUGUCCAACCGGACAAGCUACGGUGGACCCCGUUCCUAUUAAAACAGGCCCCGGUAGAGGACGCCAAGUAG